AUGUCAGGCCCGUCGACGCCGGGCACAAGCCGGCAGCCCGACGCCGACAUAGCAAAGUACCCGUACCUCGCGAGCCUCAACCCCGCCCAACUCAAAGCUGUCACCGCACCCCCCGACGUCCCCCUCCAGAUCCUCGCUGGUCCAGGAUCAGGCAAGACCCGUGUCCUCACUUCCCGCGUAGCACACCUCGUCAAGUGCCAUGGGUACCAGCCGCACCAGAUCACCGCGGUGACAUUCACAAACAAGGCGGCGGCCGAGAUGCGCAAGCGGCUGCAGGCGCUCCUCGGGGAGAAGGACGCAGCGAGUCUGGUGCUGGGCACGUUCCACGCCACCUGCGCUCGCUACCUCCGAAGACAUGGGAAGCGUAUCGGCCUGGACAACAACUUUGCCAUCGCCGACGCCGACGACUGCAAGAAGAUUAUGGCCCGGCUACUGAAGGAACGUGUGCCCGAGCUCGCCAAGAUGCACAUCAACCUCAAGGAAGGCGUCGUGCUCAACGAGAUCUCCAAGGCCAAGGUCAAGGAGGAGACGCCUGGCAUGAUGGCCGUGCGAGCUAGGCGGGAGGCAGAGAAGAACGCAGGGUCAGACUCGAUCGGCCUCAAGGACCUGGCUAAGGCUUCGACUACGCUCGAGGUCAUCGCCGAGCUGUAUGAGGAGUACGAGACGAGCCUCCGAGCUGCCAACGCACUCGACUUUGACGACCUGCUCGUGUUUGGACUCCGUCUUUUCCGGGAGGAGAGCUGGAUCCUGGAGCCAUGCCUCCAUAUCCUGGUGGACGAGUUCCAGGACACAAAUACGACGCAGUACGAGCUCAUGAAGUGCUUCGCAUACGCGAAUGGCGGCGUCAGUGUUGUCGGCGACCCAGACCAGUCGAUCUACGGCUGGAGGUCGGCCGAAAUCGAGAACCUCAAUAGGAUGCGGAAGGACUUUGAUGGCGUAGAAGCCAUCAACCUCGAGGAGAACUAUCGUUCGACAGGCGCCAUCCUCGACGCCUCGCAUUCGAUCGUGUCGCAGGACCCAAAUCGUAUCCCCAAAGACUUGUACACCUCCCAUCCCAAGAGCACGCCAGUCACCCUCAAGCAGUUCGCGACACCGGUGAUCGAGGCCAGUUACAUCUCCACCGAGAUCAAGCGCCUUGUCGCGUACUCUGGCGGCAUGCUGAAGUACGACGACUUUGCGAUUCUGCUACGCUACAACGCACUGUCUCGUGUCAUUGAGUCCUCGCUCCAGAAGGACGCAGUCCCAAGUCGUGUCAUUGGCGGCCACAAAUUCUUCGAGCGCAUGGAGAUCAAGGAUUUGCUGGCAUAUCUCCAGCUCGCAGACAACCCCAACUUCACUCCCGCCUUCCUACGAGUGGUCAACGUUCCCCGCCGCGCCAUUGGUGACAAGUCCGUUGCAGAUCUCGUGGACGCUGCAAAACGUGACAAGGUCUCGCCAAUGGAGCUCGCUGAGCGAAUCAUCGACGGUGACAAGCUCCCGGCUGGAAUCAAGCCCGCCGUCAAGAAGAAUCUUGCCACAUUUGUUGGCAUUGUUCGUAAGCUCCGGCGAGCAGCGUCGCAGGGUACCGCCGUCGACGAUCUUAUCCGCCUGGUGCUGGAGAAGACACGAUACGAGGACUAUCUCCGAACAUCUCACCAAGACUUCGAUCAGCGCUGGGAGAACGUCGUGGAACUGGUGAGCGCCCCUCGGUUGGCAAUGCUGACCGGGAAGAUCAACUACAGCGUCACCGUUGCACAGGAGCGAGAACGACAGCAGGCUUUGAACCCCGACGGCACUGACAACGACUUCACCCCCGCAAGUGCCGUUGUCGAUGCACUUCCUGUCCGCAAGCCCAAACUCGCCGUCCAUCCCAUGUUCCGCCACAACCCGGCAGAGUCACUGCGCAGCCGCUCUGGGUCGGAAGAUUCUAAAAGGGGCCAAAAGGCUAGAGUCAAAGUGGAAGACGACGUAGUGGAGAUUCUCUCCAGUGACGACGAGUUUGAGGAGGUGGACAUUGAUGCGGAGGCCGGUGCACAGCUCGGUGCGGGCUCUGAAGGCGACAGCUCCAACCCCCUCCGCUUCUUCCUCCAAUCGUCCAUGCUCUCCACGGACACAGGCUCUGAUGGUGACAAUGUGGACACGCCCAAGGUGACAAUCUCCACCGUCCAUGCGGCCAAGGGUCUCGAAUGGCCUGUUGUGUUCAUUCCAGCCGUGGAGGACGGCACUUUCCCGUCCUAUCGCUGCGUCGAAGAGCACGAGAUUGCCGAAGAACGACGCUUGCUCUACGUGGCCAUGACGCGAGCGCAGCUGGUUCUGUCCAUGAGUCACACGAUGUCACGAAUGACAGGUGGCGAAGAGAUGGACCGUAACAUCAGCGACUUUGUGGCCCGUUCUUUGCGGAAGAACCCUACCAUGUUCUCCUCCAACCUUCCAGAAGUCAACACUCAAGUUCGGCAGCAAAUGGCGGCGAUGCUCGGCCGUGACGCUCCGGACGAAACGUCGACUCAUGAGCUGAUCAUGAAGCAUGUCCGUGCUGCGCCGCCCUUGAGUACGUGGGACACGCCAGAGCUGCGUGGCCGGGGCAACAGGUUUGCCCGUCGUGAGGGCCCAAGUGGUGCAGCACGGGCCUCGGACUACUGGAAGUCAGAGCACGAUGACUACGCCAUGCCUGGCCAAACCGGCUACUCGUCCAAGAACUAUGGCCCAUCGGAUUCUCGCCCGGGCUUCAUGUACCUCUCGAGCGCACGAUCCCUCGGCCCCCAAGCGCCGGGCACGCAAAAGCCACCACCUCAGAAGAUCCAGUCGUCGAACCGUGACUUACCCGGCGCCCUUCCAUUCACCUUCAUGACCGAGACGGCGCGCCCUGCAGCGAGCCUGACCAGCUUCACGUCAGGCAGUUCGUCGUCCUUGGCGGCGAUGAAGUCGCUCGGUCUCCCCAGCAACCCUACCCCCGCUACCUCCGCGUCCCGUCCUCAGCCCACCGUCUCUUCGUUCCAGUCGGCGUCUUCUGCCUCUUUGAGCGCCUUGAAGACCUUGGGAGUUCCAGAACUUCCAAACGUCGCAGAUUCCAGCAAGGUACCGCUCGCACGGGGAGUUAAGAGGCUGGGCAUGGGACGGCCUGCACCAUGGGGUUCCAAGAAACCAAAGCCGUAG